CACAUUUUGGAUGAUUUUGCAAAUUUUACAUGACUUACAAAAUUGCAAAGUCAUGUCCCGUUCGUCAUCGUAAUUAGUUAUGAAUCUCGGCACGAAGGAGGGGGUCACGCGAAUUAAUCGACAAACAAGCUAAUUGUGACGACUCACUCACACAAUAAAUUAAUUUGUGAAUAUGUAAAUACUUAUUAAAAACAAGAUAAGCAGUCAAACGAGGCUUAUAUAACCCUCACAUACAAAGUCGUUUUUAGCAAUUGUUCCCGAGUUAGGUUACUUUUGAAGCUCUUCUUGUUCUCACCAGUCUCGCGAUGGAGUCACUUCUCAUAAAAUUAGUCGCAUUUGUUCUACUCCUACAAAAGUCCAAUGUUGCGGGACAAAGUCUCCUUAUUCCUAAUGUUCCGUACGGCUCCGAUCCGGAACAAAUUAUGGAUCUUUACCUUCCCUCAUCCGACACGACGCGAGUGACGAAGGUGGUCGUCCUGAUCCAUGGGGGUGCCUGGGGUGGUGGUCAGAAGGCUGAUAUGCUCGAGUUCAUCCCGUUUAUACAGAGAGACUUUCCUGAUUAUUGCAUCGCAAAUAUGGAUUACAGAUUAGGAACUCACGAAAGCCCAGGAUUCCCCAAACAACUCGACGACAUCUCCCUCGCCUUGACUUAUCUUAGCAACACGUUCACUCAACCGGUCACCUUUGCCUUGUUCGGCACAUCGGCCGGGGCACACCUCUCGAUGCUCUAUGCUUAUCAAACUUCGGAUAACCUCGUCAAAAUAGUGGUAUCCCACGUCGGACCGGGUGACCUUACUGACCCUUCCUACGUCGAAAACACGCUCUAUGACGAACUAUUCUACUCACUCGUUGGACCAUGCCAUUUCUCAGUAUGCCCCGACCUCUACAACGCCACGAGUCCGAUUACCUAUGCCACGUCCGUUUCCCCGCCAACCAUCGGUUUCUAUGGAACGUUGGAUCUUCUCGUUCCAUCGACACAGAUGCCCAUUUUACGCGAGAAAUUGACCGAGUUUAACGUCACCAAUAAAUUUACCGUGUAUCCCGGAGGACACGGGUGGAAUUGGAGUGCUGCGAAUAAGGAAGAUUUGCGAGUGCAGAUUACCCAAUUUUUUAAUGAUCAUUGGUAAAUAUAAAUAGAUAAAAACUUGUGAUGUCAAUCAUUUCUUGUGGAAUAAAUUUUAGUAUUUUAUUCGUACAAAUACAA